CUCCAACCAGGACGACCCAUUGAAUCGCCAGUCACCAGGUCUACGAGAAGACUUGGGCCAGCUUGCAAGUUGCACCGGCAUGACUAGGAAAAAGAAGUCGCAGAAUGGCUUGAGUGCGAAGGAAGAACUGGCUGGGAGCCCAAGGGACGACCACCCUGUCUCAACAGCGCCGUCACCACUACCAAUUAAUUCUGCAGCAUCGAAGUCGCCGCCAGAACCAUCUUCAAAAGACUCCAAGACAAAGACCACUAAACAGUCAACCUCCGCUCUGAUAAUAUGCCGCAACAAGCACUGGCGGUACAUUUCCUCCUUUCACGGACCGUGGCUUCAGUUACCCCCAGAAGUCUUGGAGAGCCUUGCAUAUAGCAAUUAUGCAUCCCCUCGCCCCCAGCCCAUUGACCCCGCUGUGUUCUUUGACCUCGUAAAGAUUCGCCGCUUGAUUGAGGAAGCUACCGAUCUGGCUGUCCGCGCAGCUAACGGAACUACAUCGUCCGCCCUCAGCAACUCACUGAAUGCUAGCAAUGGGUUAUUAAGUGGCGGAAGUAGCGCGGUGUUAGGUCUAGGCUUAGGAGGAGGUGUUGGGACUGCCAAAUUGAGCAAGGAGCGGAGACACCGGAUGCGGGAGCACGCUACCCAGAAGCUCUCCCGAGCAUACCAUCUGGAUGAAAUUGCUGCCAGCGUCGCUACCAUGCAGUCUGCUUCCGCGCUGGAAGAGGUGGCGAAGAUGGUUCUCCAGCGCAAUGAACAUGACUCAGACGCUAAAUACGUUCACUUUUUCCAUGAGAAGAUCCCUUCUCGAUCUCUUGCACAGUGUACCACUCUACAACCCUUGGACGAGGUGAUUGCAAGCAGGCCCCGUGAGGGAGCUGUUUACCGAACUAGAGCGGUUACGAGAGUUUUUAAGGAUGAUUUUGUGGGUGCUGCCAGAGACUUGACAGAAGGGCUAGGUGUUUGCCGACUCUACGCAACACAGCAUGGGACCAGACAGGAUCAGAUGGAGCUUGCAAGCGAGAGCAGGAGGAGACUACCAUUGCCCAGAGAUUUCAGGUAUGGCUUGAAGGUGGAUGAGAAGGAUCAACCAAGUAGCUUGGAACCUCAGCUCUUAUUUCAUCGUGGAGGGGUGUAUCUAACGAUCGCCUGCCAAAAUAUCAAUUCUGCACUUGAUGCAUUAAAAAAUUAUCAAAAGGAACAAGCUUCAAACACAAAUUCGGACGGAGAAGGUAGCAACACGCCCGCAUUAUCCCCUGUUGGGAAAGAAGCCUAUCGACGAUGGCUCGAAGCGCGGAAAAUUGUCAAGACUAAUGCUAGUCGUGCGCUGCGUGAUUACGUGAAGUUUCUUUCCCACUUCGACUAUACCCCCGGUUUACCGGCUGAAAUUGCUGAAGAAUUUCUCCGCAAAGUUAACAUUACACCUGGGGGACACGACAGGUCAAGAGGCUCUCUUGCGCAAGCCAGCCACUUCCAAGAGACUGCGCACACGCCGGGUGUCGACACUAGUCCUCCGCUAUCUCCGAGUUCUGAAGGCGGUGGGGGUGCUCAAGACCAGUAUCUGCUUCCUCCUACGGACGUAUACCCGCUAUCCGUUCUGUUCUCCGAACAACCCCCGCUUAAUCUUCCAUCUUACCCCCCGGACUCUCAAGAAUUGGUGCCUGCCCGAAGAAAUGGGUUGGGAAUAUCGUCCGCCUACGAUGAUGCAGCUCUUCUCGCGAACUACGAUUGUCAUGAAGCUGUAACCUAUCACCCAUUGCUGACCGAUGCACUCCAUUCCCUCCUUCUCUGCCAUGCUCUCGUUCAAACAUCCCCCAAGGAACUUCUCCGUCACGCCCACAUGGUUGCGCGUCUAGCCCGCGUCUGUGACGGCUACCCAAUUUUCCUCGCACCUCGAUCCCCAGCCCGAGCAGAUUGGAUCGAAGUACUUCACCGUGUCGACAACUGGAUAGGUCUCAAGCAAUCGUGGGAAGCGCUUUGCGCUCCCGCCCCACUUCCCGGCCACCCGGGCUCUGAAAAGAAGGAGGUGACCUCGGAGGAAGUGCGGGAUCGUCGCAAACACGAUGUGAUCAUUGAAGCGCUCGCGGACGACCGUGUUGAAGACGAAGAAAGCUUUCGUGCAGCGGUGCGGGCACGCGAGAAGAGAGCUGAGAGCUACCGGAGGGAAGGCGGCGGCAUUAACCCGCAAUUGGGACCAGCCAUUAAACGCUGGGCACAGGAAGAUGGUAAAGAGUAUCCCAUUAGUACUGAGCGGGCGGAGUGUAUCUCACGCUGGAUAAGGGAGGCACCGAUAUCCACAGGUGAUGGGAAAGGAAAGGGCAAGAGACGCAAGGGUCGCGCUCCGAUGGGUAAAGUCGUUGAGAGUCCCUCUCUUGAGGAUAGUGUAUAUGAAAUGAGCGUUGGAGAACAUGGCGGUGUUGAAUAGGGAAUUUGUAGAUGUCUAAAAUUGGUUAACGGCAAUUCUACUUGUCUGCAGUGCAAGAGUUUACAGACCGUUGUUUCCCAUAAUAUACUGCCUCUAUUUGGGAUUCUGGACAAUUCCAUAUUGAUGUGCUAGGAGUAGAAGAAAAGUUAUCAGCACUCAAUAGGGGAUGAAUUCAUAUUAACCCGUGCUACCUGUUAAAUGCCUUCUUCGAGUACCAUUUGCCGCAUGUGCUAGCCGAUUAAUUGUCUAUCCUUUGUGAGAUUUUGUUUAAUAGGCCAUCCCGGAGACUUCAUCCCUUAAAGCUGUUCACGUG